GGAUCGAGUUGACCAGUCUGUCGGAAUCCUCAGAUUCCUUACUUUUAUUCGUUGCUUUUAUUGCCCCAACCCACCCACCUUCAAACCCCACGUUUAACUUAUAGCUUGUCUGUUCGGUAGCAAAGAAGUAUUCGCGUUUGAGAUUGAUUUAGCCAGCAGAGUAAAUCACAUUAUCGGAGCCUUCAAACCCUUGGACAGGGCCGGAAUAUAGAGAGGGCAAUUGGUCUGGAAAAGGAUACAAUCUCUCUCAAAGUCGCGCGCUCUCUGAGCCUUCCACGAUGGCGGCUGAGGGCGUAACGGGCCAGGCUGUCAGGGACACGUCUGUCAGGCACGACUACAACCACGAUGAUGACUGUAAACGGUCCGAAUACGAGCUCAGCGCUUUUGAUGGCUCGGUUUUUGACUCUGAUGCUGGCAGCAUUGCUUCGUCAAUGUCUUCUGCAGUGAGGUCGAAUUCGUCCAUUCUAUCCAAUGUUGGGAAUUACAAGUUUGAGCACAACCGGCGUUACCACUCAUAUCGUGAAGGGAAUUGGGUGCUGCCAAAUGAUCAGCAAGAACAAGACAGAAUGGAUAUCUUCCAUCAGAUGGCUCUCCUGAGAAUGGAUGAUAAAUUACAUCUUGCACCGUUGGAGAACCCGAGGAGGAUAUUGGACAUUGGAACUGGGACUGGAAUCUGGGCGAUUGAGAUGGCCUUCAAAUACCCAAAUGCUCGGAUCAUUGGAACAGAUCUAUCUCCGAUACAAGUUUCACCACCAGCCAAUUGCUCAUUUGAGGUGGAGGACGCUGAUUCGGAGUGGGUUUACCCAACAAAUAACUUUGACAUGAUCCAUACUCGCCAGUUGUUAGGAGGAAUCUGUGAUUGGCGAAGGUUCUUUGAACAGGCAUAUGCACAUGCUCGACCGGGUGGGUGGCUGGAACUACAAGAAACACCACCAGAGAUUCAUACCGACGGCCCCGCGCCGCCUGCUGAUCUUCCAUUUUUGCGCAUUUUCUCACUCUUUGCCGAAGCAUCCGCCACUACCAGUCGUCCAUUUGUCGACCAGGUAUCUCAAUUUGCUUCCCAUAUGGAAGCAGUGGGUUUUGUGGAUGUGACGUCGGAAUCUCGUCGCCUUCCGCUAGGCACUUGGUCAACUGAUCCCACAGAAAAAGAAAUUGGACGCUACAAUGUGCUCAACUUUGUUGAAGGCAUGGAAGCGUAUACCCUUGCAUUAUUCACGCGGGUGCUAGGGAUGACGGCUGAACAAGUUCGGUCAUUAAUAGAUGAAGCAAAGAAGGACGUAUGCAACCGAAAACGAAGGUGGUACUUUGAUCUGGUAAUCGUGCGCGGAAGGAAGCCCUAUACGGACGAGGUUGUUUCAACUUAGACCCAUCUUUAAUGGUUUGGUCUUUUUUUUUUUUUUUUUUUUUUUUGGGAGGGGGAAAGGUCUGGCGUAUCGGAGUCAUCACUGUUACCAUACAUUGUUCAUAUUUGUUCAUAUCAUCGUGUCAUUAGACUAAAGAAAUAAUGAUUUAUAGCUAUUAUCCCUUC